UUUUCUCUUUCUCUUCUCUCUCUCUCCUCAAAUGCCUCCGACGACGAGGACGACGAGGAGGACGACGACGAUCACCACCACCGCGUCCUCCUCCGUUCAUGGGAAACACGUGCCGCGGAUCCCUCGCGAGCACCAGCAACUACUUUAGCCGCUACUCCUCCUCCUCGGCCUCCUCCUCCUCCUCCCUCGGCGGCGACGCCGCCGCAGAGGCCGACGCCGCCGACGAUCGGCCGCCGCGGCCGCUCUCCGCGCCGAUGCGCGCCUCGUCCUCCGCCGCGGCGUCGGUAGCGGCGGAGGCGGCGUCGGUGCUCGGGCACAAGACCCGGAACCUCCACGAGCUCUACGCCCUAGGGCGCAAGCUCGGGCAGGGCCAGUUCGGGACGACCUACCUCUGCACGGAGCUCGCCACGGGCGCCCGGUUCGCGUGCAAGUCCAUCGCGAAGCGCAAGCUCAUCUCCAAGGAGGACGUCGAGGACGUGCGCCGCGAGAUCCAGAUCAUGCACCACCUUAGCGGGCACAGGAACGUCGUCGCCAUUAAAGGGGCCUACGAGGACCAGGUCCACGUCCACAUCGUCAUGGAGCUCUGCGAGGGAGGCGAGCUCUUCGACCGGAUCAUCGAGCGGGGCCACUUCACCGAGCGCAAGGCCGCGGAUCUCGCGCGGAUCGUCGUCGGGGUCGUCGAGGCGUGCCACUCCCUCGGGGUCAUGCACAGGGACCUCAAGCCCGAGAACUUCUUGCUCGCCAACAAGGACGACGAUUCCUCGCUCAAGGCCAUCGAUUUCGGGCUCUCCGUGUUCUUCAAGCCCGGCCAAGUCUUCACAGAUGUUGUCGGCAGCCCCUAUUAUGUUGCUCCCGAGGUACUAUGCAAACACUAUGGGCCGGAGGCCGAUGUAUGGACAGCCGGUGUUAUAAUUUACAUUUUGCUAAGCGGAGUGCCACCUUUCUGGGCCGAGACACAACAAGGAAUAUUUGAUGCGGUCUUGAAGGGAGUAGUCGACUUUGAGGCAGAACCAUGGCCCAUGAUAUCGGAGAGCGCGAAGGAUCUCAUCAGAAAAAUGCUAUGCCCACGUCCUUCCGAGCGUUUGACAGCUCAUGAAGUACUAUGUCAUCCCUGGAUAUGUGAAAACGGAGUUGCUCCUGACCGAGCAUUGGAUCCAGCUGUCCUUUCUCGCCUUAAAAAUUUUUCAGCCAUGAAUAAAUUGAAGAAGAUGGCUUUGCGAGUGAUAGCUGACAGUCUUUCGGAAGAGGAAAUUGCUGGAUUAAGAGAAAUGUUCAGGGCAAUGGACACGGACAACAGUGGGGCUAUCACUUUCGAUGAGCUAAAAGAGGGUCUCCGAAGAUACGGUUCUAAUUUGAAAGAAUCAGAGAUUCGUGCUCUCAUGGAGGCAGCUGAUGUGGACAAUAGCGGUACCAUCGACUAUGGCGAGUUUAUUGCUGCAACAGUGCAUCUUAAUAAGCUCGACAGGGAAGAACAUUUGGUAGCGGCAUUUUCCUAUUUCGACAAAGAUGGGAGCGGCUAUAUAACCGUUGACGAACUUCAGCAAGCUUGUAAGGAGCAUAACAUGACCGACGUUAUCAUUGACGAUAUCAUCAAAGAAGCUGAUCAGGACAAUGAUGGCCGAAUCGACUACAACGAGUUCGUCGCAAUGAUGCUGAAGGGCAAUAUGGGACUCGGAAGACGUACUAUGACAAAUAGUUUGAAUAUCGAUGAAAAGACGACCACCCAUUCUACUGAUGAUAAGUUUGUGAAUUGCUAUACUUACAAGCCGGUCAAUACUUUAAUGGUGUCGUAG